AUGACUCUUAGGAGAAGCGCCAGAAUUCGAAACCAGGAUGCCCAGGGACCACCUGAGCCCCAACAAUUGCAGCCUGUCCCACUCAAACGCAAAGCCCCGCCAGCCAAGGCACAGGGGGUUGCGAAACGCAACAAGAGUGCAACAGAGCCAGCAAAGCCCAAGGCCAAGGCCAAACAACCAAAUGUCCAGGCUCAAAUCGUCUCGAACGAUGAUGCACUUUCGUCCCUGCCACCGGAGAUUUUCAACAUGAUCCUGCAGAGCAUUGAUGAUCGACCAACUCUGGGCAAACUGGGCCGCACAUGCAAGAAAUACUAUUCAAUUGCAAUGCCAUACCUCUACAAGCACAUUGCCGUGGCUGCCAUGUUUCACGCCCACAUUCCAAAGCUCAUCCGUGCGCUUGAGCCGGUUCUCACCAUAGCACAGAAGAAGCAGCUGAAGAAGGAAGGCAAGUACAAAGGCCAGCAGGAACGAUUUUCAUCUCGUCUUGACGAGAACGCCAAGCCACUCUGUGCAGACUACGUUCGUAGCAUCGUCGUCGGUGUGUGCGACCCGGGGCGAAAGCACAAGUACAUUACCAACAGAUAUCUGGAAGAGGCCUUUCAGAACUUGAACAAUCUGGAGAUUAUUGAGACGCGAGUUCUUACAGAACAAAUGGCGGAAAGCAUUGUAUCACUGAAGAACCUGAAAGCUUUGUCUGUGAGUACAGCCAGGUUUGAAGAAGGUGCUAUGCGACCGCUUGCAAAAAUCAAGAACCUGCAGCAUCUAUUUGUUGAGGAUUACAGCUGGGGCAUGGGCAUGGGCAAGGACAACGUGGUUCGGUCAAUGCUACUGAACUCUAGGUCGACACUUCGCAGUCUGUCUAUGCGUACAAGCUCAUACGCCACCUGCUUUCUCGACGACUGGGAGAAGAUGGUUUCCGCAUCCAAAUCCAGCCAAGCACAUGAUCUCAUCGCCCUCAAGUCAUUCACUCUUUCUGGCGUCAGAUUUGAUGAAGGCAACUUCUUAAAGUCGAUGCAGAGGGCCAUUGACUUUGCCGGUCUGCACGAGCUUAGGCUUGGGCGUCUGGCUGAAGGCAGACACCUCCUUUUUCAGUAUCUCGCAAGUUUGGCCGGCUCAGCCCCGGACAAGCACAUAGAUUUGCGAACCCUAAGUGUGGACAUGUCGCACAAUCACCGUAUAGAGACGCCUGAGCAGAAGCAGACGGGCUUUGACGCCAAAUGCGCCUUCAUCUCCUCGUUCGAUACCCUCUCGACUCUGGAACUUGUGGAUUACAAUCAAUAUCAGGAACACAUGGUCAAUCCUGGAUUGUCGGAUACACUGCUGCAAGCCAUCCUCAAGCACGAGAACCUGAAAGUUUUCAGGAUAUCUUACACAGGAAUCAUUUCUGGCUGCAAGAUCCCAUAUCUGUCGGCCGAAACUGUGGCCACCAUCGUCAACAACCUACCUCAUCUGGAGGAAUUCGAGUUUGCGCCGGAAGAGAGUGAAAUUGACAAAAUCGGCGAGGCACUUGCUGCCAGCCCCAAUCUCACCAGCGUUACCUGCUGGCCGCAUGCCCGCUGGGGAAAUCCUGGCCAAGAAGAUCGAGAAAAAAUACCCGGCACCAACAUUUUAAGAGGCAUCCUACAAGGAUUCAUGUCUCGCGCUGGCAACAGCGACAACACCAAGUUUGUCUGGGAAGAUCACUACAAGCUCAAGCGAGUCUCUGUGACCUAUCGAGCAUGGGUGGUUGCGUCCAAGUUUGGAAAGCUUGAGAAGGGUAUGAAGAAGGAGGAAAAGAUGAAGAGCAGUGAUGAGAAGCGGGAGGUUUUGUACCGUGAUAUCUCGGGGACCUUUCUUCGGUAUAUACAUGUCGGCUACGAUCCUGGCUUUGAGUGGGUGGAGAAGGUGUCAAAGGAUAUGGAUUGA